UUCUGAAUCUUCACUCCCAAGUCCUAAACCCCAAAAUGGUCGUCGUGUUCGUAAUUUCGUAAAGCGGUCCCUCUUACGCUCGUCGGCCCUCGCCCUCGCCCUCGCCCUCAACUCCCAAUCUGCUAUCUCUACUCUGAUUUUUCUACAGUUGAGAAAACAACAAUCUAUACCACCACCCACUUAACAAAAGAGUCAAAUGAGCUUAGGUUUUAGAUUAAGGCAUCAUUUAUCAAAUGGGAUUUCCAAAAAGCCCAUUGUCUCCUCUUUGAUGUCUCGGGGCUUCGGCCAAACAGCGAGGAAAGAGGUUGUAGAGGAAGACGAAGAAGAGGUAGAAAUUGAUCAGAGGAGGCUACCCGCUGAUUAUGACCCAGCUACUUUUGAUCCAACGGAGCAUCGUAGUCCUCCUACCGAGCGUGUUUUCAGGCUUGUAGAUGAAAUUGCUAAUCUCACAUUGGCAGAAUCUGCGGAACUGGGUUCGAUUAUCAUGAAGAAGAGAGAAAUGAAGGAACCCCCAGUAAUUGGGGUUAUGAAGCCUGGUGCUGCUGGAGUGGUGGGUAUGGCUGCAAUGAAAGUUGCAGGAGGAGGAGCAGUGGCCAAGGAGGAGAAGAAACCAGAAAAAACAGUUUUCGAAUUGAAAUUGGAGUCUUAUGAAGCAGCUGCUAAGAUUAAGAUAAUUAAGGAGGUGAGAACUUUUACCGAUUUGGGUCUCAAGGAAGCGAAAGAUUUGGUGGAGAAAACACCAUCGGUAUUGAAAAAGGGUGUAUCUAAGGAAGAAGGCGAACAAAUUAUUGAGAAGUUGAAAGCUCUUGGCGCAAAAGUAGUAAUGGAAUGACUGGAAAAGGGUUUUGAGGGCAAGGGUCAUCUUUAAAUCUUUGGACUCUUUUGAUUGUUCUCUUGGCACUUCAACUCCUCAAACAGUUACUAGCUGUUUUUAUUUUGAGGUCAUGGUAUGCUUGUGUUGAUGUCUGGACUUAUGAAGCUGAUACUUCUGAAUUGUGAACAUUGACAAUGCCUCAAAGGUCUGCUGCUAAAACUUUUUUUUGUAGGGAGGAUUCUUUGAAUAUGUCCAGCGUUCACUGUUAUCUUGUUUCAUGUUCUUUCUGUGAUGAUCCAUGAUUCCAAUAAGAAAACUGAACUUUAGAGAAU